ACAACUCUCAAUGAGGGCGUCUCAUAAUCCGCACACAACUUCCAUGGAGUCCUCGGGGUGUGCGUCCUCCGCUCUGGAGCAAUUACCUUUCAACAACACCGCGUUGAAAAAGCUGCCGGUGGAUGUAUCAGAUCAGCCCGGGUCCAGGACGGUGCCAGCUGCUUGUUUCUCCCAAAUUUGGUCCCUCCAGCCUCUGGUCCGUCCCAGGUUCGUGGCGCUGUCCGAGUCAGCGCUGUCUCUGCUCGGCCUGAACGCGCAGGACGUGUUGAGCGAUCCUCUGGGUCCGGAAUACUUGAGUGGUUCUAGGCUUCUGCCGGGCUCCGAGCCGGCUGCGCACUGCUACAGUGGGCACCAAUUCGGGCUGUUUGCGGGGCAAUUGGGUGAUGGGGCAGUGAUGUAUCUGGGAGAGGUGAAAACGGGCAUCCAUGGGCGCUGGGAGAUACAAGUGAAAGGUGCAGGUGUCACACCCUACUCCAGAGAUGGUGACGGCAGAAAGGUGCUUCGCUCCAGCAUCAGAGAGUUCCUUUGCAGCGAAGCUAUGGCUUCUUUGGGAAUCCCCACCACCCGUGCAGCCUCCCUCGUAACCUCUGACCUCUAUGUCAGCAGAGAUCCGCUCAACAGAGGCAGCCGCAUCCCAGAGCGCUGCUCAGUCGUCCUGCGUCUCGCCCCCUCUUUCGUCAGGUUUGGCUCCUUCGAGAUAUUUCUAGGUCGAGAUGAAUUCUCUGGUUUGCAGGGUCCCAGUGCAGACCAACACGAUAUCCGUGCUCAGCUUCUGGAUUAUGUGGUCGAGACUUUCUACCCCCACAUUCAGCAGGCUUAUGACAACAGGAAGGAGAGGAACAUGGCUUUUUUCAGAGACGUGAUGCUGCGAACUGCUAAACUGGUGGCCCAGUGGCAGUGUGUUGGCUUUUGUCAUGGUGUCCUUAACACAGAUAACAUGAGCAUACUGGGUCUUACUCUGGACUAUGGCCCCUUUGGUUUCAUGGACAGAUUUGACCCAGACUUUGUUUGCAACGCCUCAGACAAAAGAAGACGGUAUUCAUAUCAAGCCCAGCCUGCUGUGUGCCGCUGGAAUCUGGCUCGCCUGGCAGAAGCCUUGGGCUCUGAGCUGAAUGCAUCAGAGGCAGGAGCAAUCCUAGAUAACUUCAUGCCUACAUAUGAAGCCUUCUACCUGAGUAUCAUGAGGAAAAAGCUGGGCCUUCUGAGAAAAGAAGAAACAGAGGACAAUGUGCUCAUAUCAGAUUUACUGCGUGUCAUGCACAACACUGGUGCAGAUUUCACCAACACAUUUCGCCUGUUGAGUCGUGUACCCUGGCCUGAAGAUGGGGACAAUGAGAGGACCACUGUGGGGCCAGUGGUGGACCUCAUCCUAGAGCAGUGUGCCUCUAUUGAGGAGUUAAAGCAUUUUGGAAGACAGUCUUACCAAGAUAAUAUUGAACUGGCAAUGAUUCUGUCCAUGGCACAAACCAACCCAGUCAUGUUUGAAAUGGUGGCAGACAGGCCAGAUGUGGCCCAACAGCUGGGAUUAAUGGGCCGGUUAAAGGAGCUCCUCGAGACGGAUCAAGAUGAGCUAAAAGAAAAGCAGUGUGAUGACUGGAUCCGCUGGCUUUGCCAGUACAGGAGGCGUUUGGCUCGAGAGUGUGAUGGCACCAGUGAUUUGUCACUUAUCAAAAAGGAGAGACUCAGGGUGAUGAACUGCAACAAUCCCCGUGUGGUGUUGCGCAACUACAUUGCCCAGAAUGCAAUUCAGGCAGCAGAGAAAGGAGACUUCUAUGAGGUCAACAGAGUUCUCAAAGUUCUGGAGAAGCCAUAUGCCGAACCUGAGCCUUUGUGUGAACCUGAUUCAUGUGGGGAUAAGGAGCACAAACAGAGGGAGUUUGCUGACUCCUAUGAUGCAAAACCUCCUUCCUGGGCACAGACUAUCUGUAUCACAUGAUCUACAUAGAGCCUCUCAGGAAGCUAAAGGAGAGAAGUCUGUUUUCACAGCUGGACCACAUUAACUAAAUCGGUGUUAUUCGAUGCAAAUGGAAGAUUCUGUUUUGUUGCCAGCCCCUCAGGUCUUCUUCAUUUCCACCUCAGACCUUCUCUUCUGCCUUCCUAAGGGGAGGAUAUGAUGUUGCUGUGUAUUCUGCAGUUCAUUGAUGCAGGAAUAUAUGAAUGUUUGUGUGAUCCUAUGUUUUAAUUUAAUGUUGCAAAGGCAUGACAUUUAAAUUACCCAAAAUAUAUUUACAAUAAAAUGUACUGAUUAAUUACAUUUUCCCCCUAAAGCUGAUGUAGAAUAGGGACCCCUCAUACAAUGUACUGCAUUAACCAGCUGAAUGGUCACACAUACAAUUAUUAAACUGCUGAUGAAUAAUGAAGGCUUAGGCAAAAAGUCACACAGUGACCUGUCUGGGCCUGAAACACUAGGAACACAUCAACAACAGUAACAUGCAAACAGGAUAACUAAAGUAAAUUUGAUAACAUUCUCAAAGUGUCAACAUUUUAUUUUCUAAAUGAUAUGAUGAAUGAUCUUUCCAGUUUUUCUAAUUAAAGAUGUGUAGUUUUUCAUAAUUUUUUAUGCCUACUUUUCCUUCUGUAACAAUGUGUAUGAUCCCAAAUUCUUUAGAUAUGUAUACACACAUCAAUAGAGAAGAGUUGUGUAUUACACAGGAAGGGGAGAAUAAAAACUAAUAGUACUUAAAUAAAAAGUUUUGGUAUUCAGUGAGCAC